GUUUGCCCGUAUAAUACCCAGUGCCAGACAAAAAUUCGUUUCUACCUAGCGUUUGGUCUAGCCUGAACAAGUUUUUUUUGGACCAAACUAGUCAAGUUUGAUUGUCCCCGACCGUAGAUAGACACUGGUCGGAAGAUGCCGGCGAAGCUCGCUGUGUUCAGUUGAAGAACUGCGUGCUUUACUUUGAGGACAGUCGGAGGUAGGCUAUGCCCCAUUCUAUCUCGUCGCUGCGUGGCAUUCUACGGCACCGGUGUCGCAUUCCCAUGCACGCGGACUCUUCAAAGUAUGCUUCUGCUCAGGGAUCUUCUCUCAAGAGACCAUUUUCUCGACAUGCCAGUGUCGCUGCUUUGAAGCAGAAUAUAAAUGCAGAGGAAGUCGUUCUCACUCACCGGCGGCCACUGUCCAGCCUAGGGGAGCAGAGACUUGCAAAGGCCCCAAAACUAGGGAUACAUCAGUCUCCUUCCGGACACCAGCCGGGCAAGUCAGCCACGAUCUCACCUCCUUUUGCAAUACCGCCCAGCUCGUUCAAUCAUAAAGACUUGCCUUCCGGGGGCCCCGAGCGCCCUCGCCAAUCAGGCAGGCGGAAGGGAAAACGGGGCAGCUCUCCUCUCAAGUCACGAAACAAGUCACUACCCGAACUAGAUGGCCCCAUGCAUGACGCCGUCUACAUAGAGAAGCAGCAUAGGAUCAGCAUAGGAUCUCGACCAGAGAUUAAGCCUGCGCUCGCAGACAACCCCAAAUCUCCUCUCAUGAACUUUGUCUCUACCAAUUUGGGUCCUGACUAUGUGCUGCAAUUUGACUUCAAAGAAUAUUUCGACAGCAACACUAACAGGCCAGUCACUCGCUGCACCCUCGAUUUCCCAACCGAGCCGCGUAUGGUUGCCGUCGGCGAUCACAUAGAAAAGAAAGCUGCAGAGAGGCUCUGCUGUUUGUCUGCACUAUAUCAGCUAUACGACAAAGGCCUGCUUGACAAGCCGUCUAAGGCAUCAGUUACCCCCCAACUCACUCCACCGGAUCAGAUACAGUUGUCGGACGGCUCAGUCGUGAACUAUGAACGUGCUCGGAGUUUCAUGGACUACUACUGCCGAAUAUACAGUUUCGGGAAGCCGGUCAUCGAAUACCAGCAACAAACGGGCAAGCGAAAAAGUACCAUUUGGGAAGUAGUUAUGAUCGUCGGGGGUCGUCGCAUUGGCAUAGGCAGUGCAAGCACCAAAAAGAUUGCACUUACCAAGUGUUAUCUAGACGUCACUCGCUACCUCGAAAGCUGUGACCCCGAGCUGUGGAGAAAAUAUGUCGCGGCCGCCCUGUCCGGAAAGGAUCUCGGCCUCGCUCCGAAGGUUUACCUUCAAAUCAGCAACGGGUUGGGUGACGAAAUCGAAGAUCUGUGCCGGGAGAUAAAAAGGACCGCACUGUACAACAACCAGUCCGCCGUCAGAGCGAAGUUGGCUGGCUCCGCUCCCUCACCGUUGCGUGCCAGCAUGAUCGGUAUCCCUAAUCCCUCACAUCCCCGUCAGUAUCCGCCCCACAUUGCCAGACAGAGGUCUCAUCUCCUGAAAAAACGCAGAGAGGCGUACCUUAGUGAUCCUUCUGUGGAGAAGAUGCGGUCAACUAGAACUGCUUUACCUGUCUUCACAAGGUCCAAGGAGCUUAUAGACCACGUCCAGGAGAAUGAUGUGACUAUUUGCGUGGCAGCAACUGGUUCUGGAAAGACCACACAAAUUCCGCAAAUCAUUCUGGAUGACUACAUUGAUCGUGGUGAAGGUGCGCAUUGUAACAUAAUUUGCACACAACCCCGUCGGUUGGCGGCCCUCAGUGUUGCAGAGCGGGUAGCAAAGGAGAGAGGAGAAACCGUGGGCGGCGGAUCCAUAGGAUAUAGUGUUCGUUUUCAAUCCAAACUUCCUGAAGAGCACGGGUCCAUCACAUUCUGCACCAUCGGCGUCCUACUCCGCCGUAUCCAGUCUGCCAUGACAGAAGGAGGAAUUGCCGCGGCGAAGCUGGACGGAAUCACACAUAUCGUAGUCGACGAGGUGCAUGAACGGGACGUUGACACGGAUCUACUGCUUGUUGUGCUGAGACGUAUGUUGGAAGAUCGGAAGGCGCGGAAUGUUCCUCUCAAAAUAGUGUUGAUGAGUGCCACUUUCGACCCCACGUUGUUCCAGGAAUACUUCCUUGACAAGAACGGUAACAAGGCGCCAGUCAUUGACAUCUCUGGUCGAACGUUCCCUGUCAAAAAACGUUACUUGGAAGACUUCAUUGAGGAUAUCAAGCGUCAUUCUCAGUUGAAAUGGAUCUUCAAUGAUGAAUCAGUGGCUAAGUACCUUGAGCGCGAGGGUGCUUACGCGCAGUCUAACCCUGCCUUGAUAACCCCACCUCCACUGUCGACCUCUUUACUACCGCUGUUGGCUAACGAUGAACUCGAUACUCCAUUGCAGUUGAUAGCUGGUACCAUCUGUCACGUCCUUCAGCGGUCUGAUUCUGGGCAUAUCCUCGUUUUUUUGCCUGGGUGGGAGGAUAUCAUAGGAGUGCAGCGCGUCCUGCAAGGGAUCGACAUUCCCCUGGAUUUCAAUGAUGGGAUGAAGUACACCAUCCAUCUUUUGCACUCCUCUGUACCUCUCGCCGAACAACAGGUCAUAUUCGAGCCUCCCGCUGAAGGCGUCCGUCGAGUAAUUCUGGCAACUAACAUUGCCGAGACUUCCGUUACGAUCCCGGACGUUGUCUAUGUAAUUGAUACCGCCAAGGUCAAGGAAGUGCGUUACGAUCCUAGUCGACACAUGUCCUCCCUUACAUCAGCAUGGGCUGGUGCUUCUAAUUUGCACCAGAGAGCUGGCCGUGCUGGCCGACACCGACCUGGCGAAUACUAUGGACUUCUAAGUCAUGCCCGAGCGGCGACCUUAGCUCCACACCAAACAGUGGAAAUGAAACGGGUCGACCUCAGCAACGUUGUUAUGCACAUCAAAGCCCUGAGCUUACCUGACAUGGAGGUUGAAGAAGUUCUUGCAGAGGCGAUCGAACCUCCUCAUCCAGACCGCGUCGCAGCUGCCAUAGGAGUUUUACAGAUGGUCGGAGCCUUAGAUAACCAGAAGAAUCUGACAUCGUUGGGUCGCGUGCUUCUACAAUUACCUGUAGAGGUACAGAUGGGACGACUCGCUUUGUACGGUGUAUUCUUCCGUUGCUUGGAUCAGGCCGUUACUCUCGCUGCAAUUCUGACCAACCGGGAUCCCUUCAUGUCCCCAAUGCAUCUUAAAUCAGAGGCUGCAGCUGCUAAAACCAAAUGGUCCCCUGCUGAAUUUCGGUCAGACGCGUUGACGAUAUUGAACGCCUACAACGCAUGGCAUGAUAUCUACAACUCUGGUGACUACACGCAAGCGAACAGAUUUUGCAGCGAAAAUUAUCUCUCGAGACCCACGCUUCUGCUCAUUCGGAAAAUCAGACACCACCUCCUUCAGUCUCUGCACCAAGCUGGUGUCAUUGACGUCACCGAAGGCAUCGGGUCUCAUGUCCGUGAACGCCACCCAGGAGUGCCUCCUGCACUCAACGCGAAUGGCAAUUCCGAACCCCUGCUGGCGGCCCUCAUAGCCGUUGCGUCUCAGCCAAAAUUCGCUGUCCGGACAGGUGAUAAAACGCUACGUACGCAGUACGAUAAGACCACAUUCAUUCAUCCUAGUAGCGUCAAUCAUCGCAAGCAUAUUCGACCAGAAAUGGAACAUGCAUUCGAAGGGGAAAAGCAAAUUUAUGCCUUCGCAGAGAAGCGGCAGAAUCUUACAGUUGCCGGGCAAAACCCGCAGACAUUCCUCAUUAAUACGACACGCCUGGAUCCCAUGACAUAUCUGCUCUUCGGUGCCAAUGACGUUGAGGUAACAGAGCGCGGGUUGGAAUGCGAUGGAUGGCUUCCAGUUGCGGGGAACUUGGCCGCGUUAGACGACAUCCAGCGUCUCAAGGCAUUAAUAGAAACCUGCAUGUUACGAGUAUAUGAUGGCAUCCUCGUGAACCAACAACGUGGAGGAAGAACGAGACGAAGGACGAUUCUUACGAGGGAUAACGCGGAUGAAAGGGAUGACGAUGACCUGUUCCUCAGCGAUGAUCUUUCGAUGUCUCCCAGGGAGAUCGCUGAUCUUGAUAUGAUUACAAGGGAUGUAGUCCGUAUAUUGAACCGGUUCAGCGAAGAGCGGCUAGCAUCGCAGUCGCGAUCGACGUCGCGGUCUGCCACCCCAAUAGCUUCUCCAGCCUUUUCAUCAAGUAGACUUCCGAACAUCGGGUCGCGGUCGGGGUAUGCAACGCCUCACAACGUAGAGUCUGUCUACAACUCUCGACCUGCUACGCCAAGCAGACUUUCAAAAGGUUUCAAAUUUCCAUAAGCAAUCCCUCCAACAGCUGCAAAUCAUCCAUUUAUGAUACAUGAUUUCGUAUUGUACUUGCUUGUUAAUGUCACACCACUUCUCUUGUGUCCUCCAUGCAUGAAUAAAUGCCACUGGAUGUGUUCGCUAUCGUUGAGCGAGCGGAUGGCAGGGAGGA